CAAAAUAAAUUUUUAUCCUGCCAGCAGGUGGCGCUAGUGCACCUUUACGCUGGUCACCGACCACCGGAAGAAGCAGAAACCGGAAGCUGCUAGCAGAGCUAGCUUGUUGUUCUGGUGUGUGAGGAGAAGAUUUGAGGCUCUGCAGUAAAAACGUCUUCACUUCAGUCUCUGGGAGAGUUGAUCAGCUAAAGCGACUAACUGCUGCUGCUGCAGAAAUCUUCUCACCAGGCUGUGGAAACUUUCUUCUCCUCCUCAACAACUUGGUGGAGUUCUUUCCAGAACCAGAGAAGAUAUUCUGCGGUCUUCGUGACAAUCGGAGCUCCAAAAGCAGGUGAUGGGUCAGAAAAGCUUUUCUCUGGACUUCCUGCCCUCUGGAUCUGCUGCUGUUCCUUUGGUCUCUCUGAGAAACGCGCUCGUUUUGCUGCUUUCAUCAGAUUGAAGAGGUUCCCUCUAUCAGACUCGCUCAUCUGAGUUGGUCAUGAUGCAGGAUCGCUGCUCGCUCUCUCAUCCAUCCUGCUCACACUCUCCGACGGAAAAGCCCCGAAUCUGAAUGUGACUCUGGAGGAAAAAGAGGUUAGCUCUACUCCGUGAACUCUGCUGUUAGCUAAACACGGCUAAAGAAAACCUGCUACCACUUCAGGAUCAUCCAUCAGCAUGGACACAGAUGUUCAACAAGUGGUGGUGGUUAAAGAAGAAGCUCCUGAAGAACAGAGUGCUGGUGAGGACCAGCAGGACCCAGAACACCUCCACAUAAAGGAGGAACAGGAGGAACUCUGGACCAGUCUAGAAGGAGAACAUCUCUAUCUGAAGGAGGAGACUGAUGCGGCCAGGUUUCCAUUCACUAUUGUUACUAUAAAGAGUGAGGAUGAUGAAGAGAAACCUCUGUUCUCACAGCUUCAUCAUCAAAUACAAGACGGAGAUGUUUCAACCAGCAGCUCAGCUGACCAGAUGAGAGCAGAAACUAGCAGGCACCCAAAUCUGAACCCUCAUGAAGAGGCAUCAGGUUCUUCAGAGACUGAAGUUAGUGAAGAUGAUGAUGUGAAUCUAGACUCAGAGCUUUCACACUCUGGGCCUGAAUCUGAACAUGGAGACAAUGACUGGAAUGAGAGCGGGUCUUCUGAGUCAGAUUCUAAGACUGCCAACAAGUCCUUUAGCUGCCCUGAGUGUGGUGAACAAUUUCUCCACAAGUGGUCUCUCCAGAAACACGUGAGAGUGACAAAUCAUUCAGCAAUUAGGUCAUCAGGCUGUUUGGUCAAUAAGAAACAUGUUAAAGUGAAGCAACAUGAAGACUCAUGCAGAAACGUCCAGAAAGAACUUGAAUCAUUUAGUUGUGAUGACUGUGGAAAAUUUUUUAACGUAAAAUCAAAUUUAAACAGACAUAUGAGAGUCCACACAGGACAGAAACCUUAUGCAUGUGAGCUCUGUGGUCAAAGAUUUAGCCAAAAGACACAUUUGAACAAUCACAUGAGAGUCCACACAGGAGAGAAACCUUAUGCAUGUGAGCUCUGUGGUCAAAGAUUUAGUCAAAAGGCAUAUUUGAACAUUCACAUGAGAGUCCACACAGGGCAGAAGCCUUAUGUCUGUGAGCACUGUGGCCAAAGAUUUAGUCGUAAGGCAACUUUAAACAUCCACAUUAGAGUCCACACAGGACAGAAACCUUUUUCAUGUGAGCUCUGUGUUCAAAGAUUUAGCCAUAAAGCAACUUUAACCAGUCACAUGAGUGUCCACACAGGACAGAAGCCUUAUGCUUGUGAGCUUUGUGAUAAAAAAUUUAGCCAUAAGACACCUUUAAACAAUCACAUGAGAGUCCACACAGGUCAGAGGCCUUUCGCCUGUGAGCUCUGUGAACAAAGAUUUAGCCAAAAGACACAUUUAAACAAUCACAUGAGAGUCCACACAGGACAGAAGCCUUUUGCCUGUGAGCUCUGUGGACAAAGAUUUAGCCGUAAAGAAACUUUAAACAAUCACACGAGAGUCCACACAGGACAAAACCCCUUUUCCUGUGAGCUCUGUGGUCAAAGAUUUACUCAUAAGACAACUUUAAACAGUUUAAUCAGUAUCCACACAGGUCAAAAACCCUUUCCCUGUGAGGUCUGUGGACAGAUUUCGCCAGAAAAAAAUACUUAAAACAGACACGAGAAUCCAUAUAAAUCAGAAGUAACUGCUCAAAAACCAAAAAUUAUUCUUGUUGUUUGUACAUCCUAGUUACAAGUCUUGCACCACUUGUUGUUCUUUAUCCUAGAUCAGGGGUAGACAACCUUGGUCCUCGAGAGCCGCAGUCCUGCUUGUUUUCCAACUAUCUUUGUUGUUCCUGCUGUUGAUUGCCUGGAUCAGGUGUGUUCAGCCAAUUAGAAGCUGCAACUUCAUGCAUAGCUGGAAAACAUGCAGGACGGAGAAACCUCAAGGCUUGGUCGUUUUUGAAUGCUGACGCAUGCAGAUGCGCUGACAUUUUAAUUGUUACGCACACCGCGGAGGUAGUUAAAUCAAUCAAGCUCAGCACAGCUGGCUGUCAGCGCAUGCAGGAAGAUUCCUCUCACUGAAGCGAGUGUUUUCCAAACCCUGUCUCUCAGAGAGACUUGUCACUUGGAAAAUGUUCCCUGGUUAUGAAACUUUGGCCGAAUAGCGCUUGUUCCUGUUUCUAAUGUGCGCUGCGACGCAUCCAUGAGCCUGAAUGAGGAACAGUCCAGUGUUAGGGUUUUUUAUAUUUCACAUAUCUCAAAUGUUCUUUUUAAAUGUUUAUGCCCUAAAUGUAAGUCUUAAGCCUGGUUUAUGCUUCUCCGUCAGCUCUGCAAGGGACAGACUUGCACGGAUUGACGGAAGCGUUUUGCUCUUUUAUUUCUCCGUCUCCUGGAGAGUGUUGCAAAGCAAUUGCCCGGCAGGACCACAGAGGGCGUAGCGCUGUUCUAUGGUAUCAUGUCAUGUAUCCGGUCCAAGAUCGUUUGUUUAUAUUGUGUUUUUUGUGUAUAUAAGAGACUUUUAACAAGAUCAUAUUUGUCUCUCAUUCUUCCACCGCUUCAUGCGCUCCCCACCUCUAAACCCACGUUUCCUGUCAUUUCCGUCCACAAAUAAAACGCUUGCUGUGCAUCUUUUCACUCCUCCAGUCACGGGAGAAUGAAACGUUCAUAUUUUUAGAGUUUUUUUCACGAGGUAUUCUUCAAGCUUCUCCGUGUCUGCCGCUAGUUAUCCUCGGCUCUCUUUGCAAUGGCGGCGCUGUAAACAACAGCGGCGCCCUGCCCAAUCACAAGCUUGCGUAAUCCGUCUCGUUCAACGGAUGUUUAAAAAAGUGGGCUCGACUCCGUACGUACUUGCGUGUCUGCCGGAUCCCUACGCAAGGACGGAUAAUGGCGUUGCGUGUGCUCCGCACUGACGCAGACGGAGAAGCAUAAAUCAGGCUUAAGUGUUCUGUUCCACUGUGAUAUCGUGCGUCUUAAUCUGCCCAGCAACAGGAACUGUCUUAGUUCCUGAGUGACUCAGCAGUUCUAAAAGGAGACUUCCUUUUUGGAAUGUCCCGCUGUUGGGUAUUUUAUAAUUGUAUCUUUUUGAGGCCGAAAAGAUGCCCAAUUUGUGUUAUUAACACUUCAUGAAUCUCUGUGUUUGCCAACUGUGGCUGUUCAUGAAAGGUUGAGCAAGGAUGUUGGUUGUGGGUUUCCAACUGAACUCUGUACCUCUGUAACCUGAGAAGGCCCAGCCUUCUCCUCCAUCCUUUGCUGAAUAAAGCCCCUGGGAAACUGAGGAGACUGGGGAGUGACGUGGGGAAGCCUCGGAGGAGGUUCCUCUGCGUUAACUCUCCAUUAUUUUGGGGACUCAGGGUAAAAUGUC